AUGCUCAUUGAUCUAGGGAAGGCACGAGCCACAAUGGAUAUCAACACAGAAUCAUCGCAAGACUCACCUACACCCAUUCCUGAGCAGGAAGACCAACAAGAGAGAAGUAUCGCUACAGCAGAUUCCCGAGACUCCGAUGAAGCUCAACGGCAGACAAUGGAUAUCAGAAUUGACAAUUCGAAGGGAGAUGACAGCCCUGGAAGUCCGUUAAACCUGCCUACUGAUGUCGUUGGCGACAGCCUAGUAACCGCCUCAGAAAUGACUAUAAUCAAAGCGGAGGAUACAGUCAAUGAUGCACUCAUAUCCAAUAGAAUGCCCUGUCACAAGGUAGAAUCUUUCGACCACAAGAUUAAGCAGGAAGAAGAGUCUUGCGGAUUUUCUCCCUCAACCACAUUCUCCCUCGUUGACGCUCACGUAUCAUCAGUAGGUGGGUGCGAGUCUGGACUUCUGCCAGUUUCACAACAUGUCGGCGAAAUGGUACUGUACACAAAACAUACGGAUGACGCAGUGGUCAAGGAGGAAGAGGAAUAUCCUGGCUAUGCUUUGACUCGCAAAAGAAAAUUCCCUGAUGAUGAGUCUGAGAAACCCUUCAAUGACGAAUUCUGGCAAAACUAUACUCACCAGAACGGGCUUCAAAACCAAGCAUCAGCAUGUUCUACCACCGCAUAUGAGCAUACAUCUCAGCCACCAUUCAAAUUCCAGAUCAUUGGAAGAUCAGGACAAAGCAGUUACACCAGCGGGUUCCCAAUGCCUGAAGCCAUCAGCCGUGUAUCUUCAAUUCGAAAUCUGAGCCACAUUUUGAAUCAGAAUCAGUCUGGCGACCGCGGAAACGAUCCCGAAAACGAGUCCAGCUUCCUCAAGAUAUUGAAGGGCUUUAACCCACUGAAAGUUCGAGAUCGAGAAGCAGGCAAGGACAAAGCACCCGCAUUGAAGUCUGUGACAAAGGCCAAGCUAUUGCAGGAGAUACUUCGCAGUUGUCCAAAGACUAGUGACGCCAAACGAAACAAAUCAGAUCUUGAGGCACUCAAGGCAGCUGUUAACGUUUUCGGCAAAAAAAUAAAACCGAAGGAUGGGAAAUGGUUGAUGAAUAAUAUGAACAGCGCUCUCCUCAAUCACCAAGCUAUCGGGCUUGCCUGGAUGUAUCAUAGGGAGAGGUCCGAUGACCCAUCAAAAGGUGGAAUGCUUUGUGAUUCAAUGGCAAGAUUUCCUACGUUUAUGGUCUAG